AUACAUUCGCUGAGAUUUAUGGUUCUGCUCUUAUUUGCUCAGCAGUAAAGAAAUUCAAAGCAAAUUUCAGGUUGAUGAAAUAAAUUAAACGCUUUUCUUACUCUUACGCAUCAUUGGAUUUCCUCAAACUUAAGUGCUUAGUCCCAUCAAAAGCGUCAUUCAAAUGUAGAUUAAUUGCAGAUAAUUUACGAACUUAGCUGGAAAUGUUUAAGAACAGGAGUUCAAAUAAAAAAUAAGUUUAUAUUAAGUUCACCAAAAGCAUGCAACAUCAGCGACGUUUUCAAAUUCGCCAAAGAGAGUUGUAGUAACACAAAGGAUGAUGAAAAAGAGACUUAAAUCAGCUUUAAAUAAAAGUGCACUGCAUUUAUAGGAAGAACUGAAAACACAGCAAAAAUAAUAAAACAGCGGGAAGGGCAGUGACGCAGCGACGCAGAGGCAUAUGAAAAACAUGCCGCCUAUAAACGAAAUACUACGAGCGAACUGGAAUUUUCAAAUCAUAUCAUGUGUCGUCGUCUUACUCGCAGUGCAUAGCAUACAACUAGCUAACUGUAUUGACUGUUUCAAAUGCGUGUCUUUCAACGGAGCCAACAAGGCUUGCGACGAUCCCUUUCACAACAACUACUCAACCGCCAUACUAGAAUCACCAUGCAUGGGCGGACGGAAGGGACGUGACGGCCUCUUUCCGGCGACGGCCUGUAUCAAAAUUGCGGGGAUUUAUGAUGACACUGGCGAAUCGAUAACAGUGCGGGGUUGUGCGUUGGAUAGCGGCACACUCACCACGGACACGGAAAUCAUACGGAUGUCACAUUGUGGCAAAUUCUACUAUGACAACAGGUAUGUGCACGGCUGCCUACAAAGUUGCCACGAUGCGGACGCAUGCAACCAUGCAGCGACCAGCUAUAAAAGCCCCCCACAAACACUGUGGCAACACUGCAGCUUAGCGUUAUUAACAUUCAUAGCGUUACACCAGCAUCUGUUCGCUCUAAUCAGGUAGCAGUGGGCGAGAGAGUAUACAAAAAACUAGAAAGUUGAUCAAAUCCAGCGGUUGGGUUGGCAGCACCAUGCUGAGGGUAUGGCGAGAAAUUGUAACGAACACAAUGUGAAUUUACAAAUAGGCUUAAGCGUUAUUAUAUUGCUAUACUGUACAAGUAGAUGAAAAACAAGCAAACUCACACUCACACAUACACAAUGUAUAUAUGUAUACUACUAACCACAUUCACUGCAAGCAAUUCGAAUUGACAAGUUAUUUAAUUAAUUUUUAUCAAAUCAAAUUUGUAUAAAAUACGUACAUAGAUAUAUAUGCAUACUUUCACAUCAAAGCAUAAAAUUUACUUUUCUCUAACAAAUAGCACCAAAGUAUUAGCUUUUCUAAGAUUUUAGCAAUAAAUUGAGUGACAUAUAAUUACUAGAGUAAAAUUCUAUGUGAUUUGCAUAACAAAGUU